CUCCUCCACAGGGGGAGCAAAAAAUCAGGCUCAGACUGGACCCGCGCAUCUUUCUGAUGCAGACGUCCUUUCUGAAGUUUUUGGAUUCCAUCCGCGGGCCUUCAUCUCCACCCAUCACAGUAGAUGUAUCCUGAGGAAAAGCUACGUCCCCAGCUGCCCCAUAGUCAAGUACAAGUUGGAAAAAUUAAUAUCUCUGCAACACAAGUCCGGAAGUUUUGGCAGUCACGCAUGUUGACAAGGUCUUUGCCGCUGUAAUUAUUGCAAUUAUAUAUAUUCACGUUUCUAAGAGCAAGGACAGGAGCCGUAUCACGAAGCCACCGCCCUAUAAUCCUGUUUGCAGCAUUACAGAUCCAAAAGCACCACUGAGAAUGCCUGUCUUCUUGUGAAUGCGCAUUACUAGCGUUCCUGGAAUUGCAAAUCUGCAUGACAGCCCGGGGGUGGGGACGUUUUUCCACAGGAUAAGACGAUGCGCAAGACGGCGAGACGAGCAGCACCACGACCGAGGCAGACGUUGGGCGGCGGAUUCGUGCGGCUCUCCCGGGUUGGACACACGCUGAGAAGUUGGGGCACAUGGGAAACUAUCAAAUGCAAAGUGUCUGGGUCUGGAAAAGUUCAAACUUGUCAUGCAGAUUUUCCAUGACCUAUGAGGUCUGGAAUGUGGGACUUAGCAUGACAGACUCUGCGAGGUCUCUGCCAUGCCUAACCUGCAUGAGAAACUCCCGUCCAGCUUGGUCAAAAGUGGACAGCUUUUGGCACUCAUGCAACACAGAUUUUUGCAUGCUUCAGAUUUACCAUGACAAGCUGCCGCCUUCCAGACCCAGACAUUUUUACAUUUGAUAGAAACACGCGGCGCACCUCCGCCGUUGGCGGCCACGGCGAGGAAUGGCGGGCAGAAUAUGCUUUGCAAAAGUAUCGUACUCGUACCAGUUGCAAUCAUGCAAUACAAAUCUGCUUCCUAAGGUAAAUCUGCAUUACAAAUUUCAUUUGUCAUGCUACUCAAAUUUGUCAUGCCAUUUCCACUAGUACGAUACUUUUGCAAUGCAUACAGAAAAAGUCGCUGCAAUCCUGACCCGGUCCGUAACCGGCUCCUACGGGAAGGACGGGGAAUUCACAUCGCUGCUGACGGAGGCGUAUGAAAUGCAAAAGUACCGUACUCGUAUAAAUGCAGGUCUUGCAUUACAAAUUUUUUUGUCAAGGCAAAUCAGCAUUACAGAUUUUAUUUCUCAUGCUGAGAAAAUUUGUAAUGCAUUUAUACGAGUACGAUACUUUUGCAGUUCAUAAGUCGGGAAGACAAGCUGCCC